GUUCUGCCGAGUGUUUACAAACAUGCAUGGUUGACGUUUUGACGGCGCGAUGGCGACUUCGUCGGUAAAACAACCCAAAUUGAAUGGGUUUGUUUUCACAGAAAAGUUGGGAAGUGGAUCAUAUGCGACGGUGUACAAAGCUUAUAGAAAGGGUCAGCAGCGAGAGGUGGUAGCCAUUAAGUGUGUACUGAAGAGCAGCCUGAGCAAGAACUCGGUGGAGAACCUACUGACGGAAAUUGAGAUCCUGAAACGCAUCAGGCAUGAGCACAUUGUGGAGCUCAAAGAUUUUCAGUGGGAUGACUCGUACAUCUAUCUGAUCAUGGAGUAUUGCAGCGGAGGCGACAUGUCUCAUUUUAUUCGCACCAAGCAGGCCUUGCCAGAGAGGACAGUCAGAGUAUUUGUCAGACAAAUCGCGAGUGCCCUCCACCAUUUGCAAUCAGAGAAUAUCACCCAUAUGGAUCUGAAGCCUCAGAACCUACUGCUGUCCAACUCGUACGAUCCAGUACUCAAAUUAGCAGAUUUUGGUUUUGCCUCUUACAUGACGGAGGACGUGCUUGCAAACACUCUGAGAGGCUCACCCCUGUACAUGGCUCCGGAAAUCAUCCUCGAGCGUAAAUACGCUGCCAAAGUGGACCUGUGGUCAGUGGGGGUCAUCAUGUUUGAGUGUCUCUUCGGCCACGCCCCUUUCGCCUCCAAAACUUUCACCGAAUUAGCAGAAAAGAUCAGAAGUUCAAAACCCAUAGAGAUUCCAGACGCCAUUCCGAUCUCAGAUAGGUGCCGGGACCUUCUCCUCAAACUUCUCCAGAGAGACCCGGGGGACAGGAUAGACUUUCCUGAGUUCUUUGAGCAUCCGUUUAUCGAUCUGCAGCACUUUCCCUGUGCAGAGUCACUUGAGAAAGCAAAAUCACUGGUAGUCCAAGCAGUUGAGAAGGAUACGUCAGGCGAUACCAAAGCAGCCAUUCAGCUCUACUGUGAAUCCCUUCAGUACUUCUUGCCAGCAAUUCAAUUUGAGAGGGACGCACAGAAGAAAGAUGUACUCAGAUCCAGGGUGCAAGAGUACAUGGUUCGAGCCGAGGAUCUGAAGCAAAUGAUGAAACCAAAGUCCCAACCCGUCGUUCAAAUUCCUGAUUCUUCAUCUCAAGAUGAGAAACAACUACCAGAUGUGUUCCUUCUAGAUAAAUUGGCCAAUGGGCACCGAAACUUGCAGAUAGCUUUAGAGGUAGCGCAUGAAGCUGAGUUACAGGAUGCCAAAGAGAAUUAUGAGGCAGCCUUCAGAAUCUACCAAGAUUCCUUGGAGCAACUCAUCCCCAUCCUCCAGCAUGAGCCGAACGGAAGGAGGAGGGAGACACUCCAUAACGAGGUGCAGAGAUAUAUGGCCAGGGCUGAGGUAGUCAAACAGUUCCUUGAUGUCAGAAGAAUACCACUUAAACAGGACUCAAUCAACGAAGUCCUUAGACCCGACAGAAACAAAAAUGGUAAGUUCCUGUCAUCUUCAUGA